CAUAAAAGAAUGGAAAAAACAAAAACCAAAUCAUCAUUUCUCUAAAUACCCCAUUCUAUCUAAAACUCCUCCUUUUAUCUAUUUCGCACUUUUUUUCUCGACCCCACAAACUUAUAAUCUGAGAAAGGAGGAGAAGAACAAAACCACCAGCUCAGCUUUGGCUGAUCAAAAAAUAUGCAUAGGGAGAGAGAAAGAGUGAUGAUGAGUGGAAAUAAUGGAGGUGGGCCUUGUGGUGCCUGCAAGUUCCUCAGGAGAAAGUGUGUAAAAGGUUGCAUAUUUGCACCCUAUUUCGACUCAGACCAAGGCACCGCUCACUUUGCCGCAGUUCACAAGGUGUUUGGUGCCAGUAAUGCCUCCAAGCUGCUAUUGAGGAUUCCAGCCCACAAACGCCUUGAUGCUGUUGUUACUCUUUGUUAUGAGGCUCUCGCUAGAAUCAGAGACCCCGUUUAUGGCUGUGUCGCUCACAUAUUUACUCUUCAACAGCAGGUAGUAAAUCUGCAGGCAGAGUUGGCGUAUGUUCAGGCUCGCCUUUCAACCCUGCAGCGGUUACCACCAGCUGUGGCUUCUUCUUCACCUAUAAGUUUGAAUUCAUGUUCAGAUUUGGUAUCGUCAAGUUCAGCCAUGUCAAUGCAUUUUGAUCCUCUGCAAACUCAAGCCUCCACUGAAAUGACAAGUUAUUUGAGUCCGUUGGAUCAAGAAAUGAUGAACGAUGGAGAUCUACAAGCAUUAGCUCGAGAUUUCGUCUGUCGGUAUCUGCCUGGUGUAAGGUUUCGACCUUCCACUUCUAAUUAAUUGAGAAUUUCUAACACCUUUUUGAUCUGAAUUUGCGUCUUUGUACGCUUUUCAGGAAAAAUACUAGCGCAUUUUUAUGUUUGCUUGUCAACUUUCAACUGUAUCUCCCUCCAAUUCAAGUUCAGCAUAUGUUGAACCAUGAAUCUUGAUCUAUCACUUUUCUCUUUUUCUUUU